UUUACCUUGUUUUAGUUCGCGUUCGGUGCUCGACAGGUUAGUUACGAAUGUAGUUCCGCGGCGCGUUUCUCGGUAGCGUAUACACCUCUAUAUUGAUUCAACUAACCCAGCAUUCAUUGAGCUACAUGUAGUUACAACCUGGGGCAUACAUUUUCGUAUGUAUGUAUUGUGAAGUGUAUUUUUCUGCAAUCGAUUUUUAAUUAUAUGGUUUUGUAUCUGAAUACAUUAUUUGGUGAAUUAUACAGUAACAUAGCCAUACCAAAAGCUAUGAAGAAGUGGUGAAGUAGUGAGAGGAAAUUGUUUUGGCUAAUAUAAGUGAAUAAAUUGGUGAAUUGAGUGGAAAUUGUAAAAUAAAGUUGAAUUAAGGUGAAAAUUACACAUUCAACCACCAUGAGUCAACUCGGAACGGUAUAUGCCACGAAACGGAGACGCCGCAAUGGAAAAAGCUUAAAGGCGCCUCCUAAAGAGGGUAUGACAAAAAGUAACCCUUCCAAACGGCAUCGAGAGCGGCUUAACGCAGAAUUAGACUUGCUGGCAUCGUUGCUUCCAUUUGAACAGAAUAUUUUGAGUAAACUCGACCGCCUAAGUAUAUUACGGCUGUCCGUUAGUUACUUAAGAACCAAAAGCUAUUUUCAAGUCGUUAUGCAUAAAUCUAAAGAAGAAAAUGGCAUAGGUAAUUCUGUUCAUCCUCAUGAUUCAUAUCGGACACGAGAAAUAGGAAGCUUCGAAACUGGUCCGUUAGAUGGAGAGAUGUUCCUGCAGGCAUUGAACGGUUUCAUUAUCAUCUUAACUUGUGAAGGUGAAGUAUUCUUCGCUACGCACACCAUUGAAAGCUAUUUGGGAUUCCAUCAGUCUGAUAUUGUGCAUCAGUCAGUCUACGAGUUAGUUCAUUCCGAGGAUCGUGAGGAGUUACAGCGGCAACUUUUGUGGAAUACAUUUUUGCCAGCCGACUUAACCGGAUUGCAGUUGACGGAUGCCCUAGUACCUGAGAAAUCCACUCUACUGGAACGCAGUUUUACCGUGAGAUUUAGGUGUUUGCUAGAUAAUACUUCAGGCUUUCUGAGGCUAGACAUUCGAGGGCGAGUUAAAAUAUUGCAUGGUCAAAAUCGCAAGGUCGAAGAGCCACCUCUGGCUUUAUUUGCAUUUUGCACACCAUUUGGACCACCUAGUCUGUUAGAAAUUCCCCAGAAAGAAAAUAUGUUUAAGUCGAAACAUAAACUAGAUUUUACGUUAGUUUCCAUGGAUCAGAAAGGGAAAAUGACAUUAGGAUACUCAGAUUCCGAGCUCGCGAAUAUGGGCGGAUACGACCUAGUGCAUUUUGACGACUUGGCCUAUGUGGCAAGUGCACAUCAGGAAUUGCUAAAGACUGGUGCAUCAGGGAUGAUUGCAUAUCGAUACCAAAAAAAGAAUGGAGACUGGCAGUGGCUGCAAACAAGUUCCAGAUUAGUAUAUAAGAAUUCAAAGCCAGACUUUAUCAUAUGUACCCAUAGACAGCUUAUGGAGGAAGAAGGCAGGGAUCUCCUCGGCAAAAGGACAAUGGAUUUUAAAGUUAGCUAUUUAGAUACUGGAUUAACGUCAACAUACUUUACUGACGCAGAUCAAUUGAUUGUGACACCCAGCGGAUCUCCUACUACUGCUACUACAUCACCAGCAUCUUCUCAGCAACGUUACAAUCGCCGCUACAAAACUCAACUUAGAGAUUUUUUGUCCACCUGCCGAUCUAAACGAAAACUGCAGCAAUCUCCGGGAGGGCAGGUUACUUCCCCAGUCCAAAUGGUUGAGUACGUGAACGACCCAGCCGUGGCCGUUGCAGCUGCCUAUUCAAACUUGAAUCCAAUGUAUUCAACAUCACCAUACGUUUCAACCGAGAGCAUGUACAUGACACCCCCAGCUCAUUCGUCAAAUUUUUAUUCAGUAUCUGACAACAUUUUCCACCAAUACCGGUUGCAAGGCGUCAGUGGAUAUUUCCCCGAGUAUGCAUCAACUCCAGCAUCAUAUAUAACAAACAAUGGAUUUGUUCCUUAUGAAGGUUAUGGCAUUGCUAAAGACGAACGAUGGCAAGAGACUGAAAAAUGCAUGCCACAGAACGAUACUAUCAAUCGUGAUAUGGAUAAUGAAUACGAAAAUUCUGAUAUCCACAAGAAACACAAACAAUCUCCUUCCCUAGAAGACGUUUCAAAUUCGGCGAAACCAGUUUCAUCUGUUAGCUUAACUAACUCUAAUAAUGUGAUCAACAGUAAUGUUAUCAAGAAUCCUAACACAACCAAAAGUCGCGAAACGAAUGACAUGCCACACUCCGACUUGAAAGAAGAGGCAUUGUCACCGCAGCAUUUUGAACCUCGUCGACAAACUGUUCUUAUGUGGGGUACGUCACAAGCAACAAAACACAAAUUCAAUUGUUCAACCUACAACGAUAACAGUUGUUCCAAUAACACUACUAGUACUACUACGAAUUGUUCGUCUUCACAAUCUCCUGCUUCCAAUGAUCGAAAUGUUGUUAAUUCAAAUGAAGAAACCCAUUUAAAUCUCGAAAGGAAUGAAACAGGAAAGGUAAUCGUUGAGGGUGGAUAUUUUUUAAUUACAAUGCACGAUUGAAACAAAGCAUCAAAGCCACCUGUCACAGCGGAGUAUUUAACUAUUGAUAACGUGCACUAGCAUUCCUUAAUGAUAAUGAUCAUUCCGAAGUGAUUAUUUUAGCUGCAGCUACCACGUGUAGACACUACCUUUCUCGAAUUGUAUAGUAAGGUGAGGCAUAAUAAACCGAUACCAGAUUUAGACCUUUUUGAGACACUUCUCCUAACAAAUCCAUUUCAAAUAUUAUUCGAAAGAUUUCCAACAUGAAUUGAAAAGUUACGAAUUAAUGUUCGUUC